UUCUUCGCGCUGAAUCUCGCGUUUGAAAACACAAAUCAUCGCCUGCAAACAGGCUAUGGGGCUAUUGGUCAUUUCGAAAAUCGCUUUUAGAUUUCUGCUUCGUGUGGGGCUUUAGAUGUCUCGAAGUACAAGAAAUGCGCGGAACAACUGCUUGACGCACUUGAUAUUUCCCAAAUGAGAAAUACUCUGUUACGUAUAGCAAUAACUUUAACUCUGAUUAUUGUCCAGUACAAUACGUAACGAGUCGUAAUCACCUUCCUAUUUUGGAUUUUCUUUCAUGAGAUACAACCAAGUUUUAACAUUCUUCCUUACUCGUUCUGUCACCAUAGCGGCUGCAGACAGGUACCGGCAACGGUAAACAUAGAGGCAGGAUUUACUCAAGGUGGCUAAUACAUUCUACGCGAGUUCGUCGAUGGACUUUUAAACAGCAGACCUUUAUGGAUUAAAGAUAAUCAACGAUGAAUGUCGUAAAAGCUGGGAAUUUCACAGAAGGACGAGGACGCCUCCCGUCAAAAGGCUCGCCAUCCAUUCAUCAGAAAGCACUUUUCGUAUUUUGGUUAUCAGCAGUAUCCCUGGCAGCUUUUAGGAAGCUUCUAUUGUUUUUCAAAGUACGAGAUAUCCAUACUUUCCGUCUGAUAGCUUCUGAUGAUAAAGACAUUCAUCUUGGACGGGCAGAAAAUGGUGAAGUACCGCAACAAGUUGUCCAGAGUAAGGAAUAUCACGAUGCUGUGCAGGAGAAUGGUCCCGGGGGAAAGUUGGCAACACCAGCAUUUGGUAGUUCCAGACCGUCAUUGGAUAAUUUCCUUUACAGUGUAGCUGUAUUUGGACUUAUCAUGUUCUUCUAUCAUUUGUGCGAUGAUGAACACUAUUUUCCCGCAACCGAACGCACUUAUUCACGUGACUUAUUUUGGUUUCUAGUCCUCUUAAUUUUUGCGGUAAGCGUUGGAUUGACGAGGAAGGAGACUACAGACAAGAUAUUAAACCGAGAACAGACCGAGGAGUGGAAAGGCUGGAUGCAGGUCAUGUUUGUGUGGUAUCACUACUUCAAGGCUGCAGAGACUUACAAUGCCAUCAGAGUGUUCAUUGCUGCUUACGUUUGGAUGACUGGUUUUGGUAAUUUCUCAUUCUUCUGGGUUAAGAAAGACUUCAGCCUUUACCGAGUGCUUAAAAUGCUUUUUCGACUGAAUUUCUUGGUAGUGAUGACGUGUCUCGUGGUGCGCAAUGAAUACAUGUUAUAUUACAUCUGCCCAAUGCACACGUUCUGGUUCAUAUCCGUCUACUGCUUCAUGAAACUGCUGAAUAGUUGGAACGAAGACCCUAAAAAAAUGACAGUUAAAUUUUUGAUAUAUUUUCUUCUUGUCUUUUUGGUGUUUGACGUACCAGGUGUCGGAAAUAUUGUCUUUAAGCCUUGGAGCUUUAUUCUUAGCUUUGAGAAUUCUCUCCAUGAAUGGAUGUUCAGGGCGGGGCUAGACCAUUAUGCCACCCUUCUGGGUAUGCUCUGUGCCUACUUUCAUCCCAACUUUGAGAGAUUUAUGGGAUAUUUGGACGAAAAGUGGUCUGUUAAACGAAUUGCCAUACGUUGUGGAAUUGCAUCUGUUUGCCUCACAUCCUUUGCUUUCUGGGUCCGUUACAUCUUUUCGCUAGAUAAGUACGAGUAUAACAAGCUUCACCCAUAUUUUUCCUUUGUCCCUCUGCUAUCAUACAUAUUCUUACGGAAUUUGUUUCCGGUUUUUCGAAAGUACUACUUUUACAUGUUUACUUGGCUUGGAAAAGUAACACUAGAAACUUACAUCUCCCAACUGCAUGUUUAUCUCCAGGGUAACGCCAAGUUUCUGAUAUCAUUUUUCCCUGGAUACCCAUUACUGAAUUUUGCUUUUGCGUCUGUUCUUUACCUUUUCUUGUCAUAUCACUUGUUUCAUAUAACCGUUGAUAUCAGUUCGUUUAUUAUACCCAAGGACUACAAUUCUUUAGUGAAGAUGCUUUCUGUUGGAAUUGUGUGGUUAACAAUGUGCUAUGUUGCAGGGUUUAGUCUUACGGGAUGGUAUUUUUCCUAAAUUAAUUUGUUACUUGUUAACUUUGUGGAUAUCGUUCCAUAUACAAUCAUUCGCGCAGAGAGAAAUAGUUAAUAGACACGUAGGUGGUAGAUAAAAUUCGUCUGGAUUUCUCACAGAUAGGUUAAUGUCAUAAUUCCAGUUUGGUUGUGAUUUUAGUGUAGUUUAGAUUUUUGAUGUUCGAGCUGUUGCUUUCGGGGAUAUUGGAACUGAUGAAAUCUUCGCUCAAAGGUUGGAUGUCACGAAAAAUCUAAGGGAUGAGACUAAAGGGCAUGGCCCAAAAACUAGAGCCAAUAAAGUAACAGAAGAGAGAGAAAAUAAAGAUAUUUAUUAUCCAACUACACCUAGACGAGUACGAGUAACGCCAUAGAC